AUGACUGGUGCCAAAGCAUGUUCUUCUCCUGCCUCAGCAACAGUCAAACUAAGUAAAUCAGAUGGUACUUUACUUCCUGAUCCUUCAGAAUACAGGUCAAUUGUUGGAGCUCUUCAGUAUUUGACAUGGACCAGACCUGAUAUCUGUUAUGCUGUUAAUCAGGUCUGCCAAUUCAUGCAGAAUCCUACCACUACUCAUUUUGAAGCUUUCAAAAGAAUUCUCAGAUAUAUAAAAGGCACAAUUGAGUAUGGUAUCAAAUUCACAAAAGGUUCUUCUUUUUUACUGGGUUUUUCAGAUACUGACUGGGCAGGCAGUAUUGAUGACAGAAGGUCAAUUGGUGGUUACUGCAUUUUUCUGGGUGACAAUCCUAUCUCCUGGUCCUCUAGAAACAAAGUACAGUUGCUAGAUCUAGCACUGAAGCAGAAUAUAGGACUCUAG